AUGGAGUCCAAUCCACAUGAAAAGUAUCCAACUAAAGACAAGUGUCCACUUAAAAAAGGAAAUCAUUUACUUAAAAUAGGAAAACGUAUAUUGAAAACCCAUAUAACUAGAUCUGAAAUUAACAAAUUGGUUAAGUCAAAUAAGGAAAGAACACCUAAUGCUUAUUUACUCUUUAAGAAUGCGAAUAAGUUUAAUCCUACAAAUGGUAAAGACAAAUAUUAUAACUUACCAAAUAACGUCCGAUAUAAUUAUAAACGUUGUGCUGAAGUUAUUAGGUUUGUUAAGAAAGUUAAGAAAAAUAAUGAUCCAGAAAAAAUUUAUAGGAUGAUUACCUCCCCGCUGUGCAUUCUCAAUUACGACAAAACGUUCUUUGAAUUAAGUGCUAAAAACACUACAAAAGUCAAAGUUAACAAACCAAAAAAGAAACUAACUCAUCAUCCUUCCCAUGAUGAGAAAAUGCAUCACGUAGAAUUGGCUCGAUUGGCUCGAGGCACUAUGGAAUCUUCUUCUGGUCAUGUUAUUAACAAUAUGUUGCCUGUGGAUCCUAACACAAGCAUAUCCUCUCUUUAUGGUGAUAAUACCAAAGAACCACAAUCUCCCGUCGAGCAAACAACAUGUGCAGAAUCGACUCAAAUUAAGAUCCCAGACAAUUUUACCAAUGAUGCAUCUCCUGUGGCUCUAAACAUGAAUGUACUUUCUCUUUACGAUAAGCAUCAGCCUUCCACCGAACUAACAACACAUAAUUUCCAUAAUUUCACAAAUGAUUCAUCACUUAUGGCUUCAAAUUCAGACAUGCACUCUCCUUAUAAUGUUCAGAUUACUAAAGAUCAAAUGUUUCAGCUCUUUCUUGAGCAAACGACUCGUGAAGGAUUGACUCAAGAUAUCAUUCGAGAUAAUUUUGCCGACAAUAUGCCACAUGUGGUUCCAAUAUCUCUUAAUGGUGACAAUAUUGACGAAGAGUUAUGGUCUUUCCUUCAAUCACCUCAUCAGUCCUCUGACGAUAUCAUGGGCCAAAAUUCUAAUAUACAACCUUUUGAUUAUGAUUACAUCGCUAAUGGGCCAACGCUUACAAAUAAUAUGUUUAUAGCUGACAAUACGAAUGUACUUGUUCUUCCUGGUAAACAACAAUUACAAACACCUACUUCUGAAAUUUAUUCUUGA